AUGGCGAAGGGCAAGAACAAGUCACCGUCAAAAAAGUCUUCCAGCUCGACGGAGAGCAAGAGUUCGAGCAAGGGCGAAAGCAGAAGUACUAGCAAGGGCGAGAGCAAAAGUACCAGCAAGGGUGAGAGCAAAAGUACUAGCAAGGGUGAAAACAAGAGUCCCAAGAAGGGCUCCGCCAGCAAGGCAUCUAGUCAUGCCCCGCGCAAGGCAGUCAGUAAAGCUGCACCCAUCAGGUCGUCACCCAGCAAGGCACAUAGCAAAGCAUCCAGCAAGUCUCCCAUCAAGGCUUCCAGCAAGUCUCCCAGCAAGGCUUCCAGCAAGGCUUCCAGCAAGACGUCCAGCAAGACGUCCAGCAAGACGCCCAGCAAGGCACCAAGCAAGGCACCCAGCAAGGUUGCUAGCAAGGCUUCCAGCAAGGCACUCAGAAAGUCACCCAGCAAGUCACCCAGCAAGUCACCCCGUAAGGCACACGGAAAGGCGGCCAGUCAAGCGGCCAGCAAGUCCCCGAGCAAAGCGUCUAGUAAGGCCGCCAGCGCUGUUCCGAGCAAGAGUGCUUCCGAGAAGUCGCCUUCCAAGGCUCCGAGUAAGGCUGGCAGUAAGACUGGCAGUAAGACUGGCAGCAAGACCGUCAGCAAGGCGAUGACCAAGGCACAGAGCAAGAUCGCGCACAAGUACGCUUUCACUGCUUCCUUGGUAUUUGCAGUUGCUCGCAUGCAUGUUAAUGGUUUGUGCACUGCUUAG